AGGAGGGGCGGUGGAGGCUGCGGCUGAGAGGUUGCCGGGCUUUGGGCCGCCGACAGCGUCCCCACCUGCUGCGACUGCUGCUGCUGCAACGAAGGGGCGUGCAUGAUAACAAGCGAGGCAGUAAGAUGCCCGUUCUCUGUCCGGACCGCCGUACGUCUUGGCGCCAUACAGGCCGACCGAGAACCGCUAAGAAGAGCUUCCUUUUGCAAAGACCGACUCAGGGGAUUUAUGCCAAGUAUUGGGUGGUUGUUUCUCAUUGUUUGUAAACUCUGCGCUCAAUCUCUGACAUCGACACCACGUAGCUGCAUUGUAAAGCUCAAACCGGCGCAAUAUACCGCAAAUCCUCAUUUCGUUAAUACUGGCUGAGUUGCUUGUUCGUAACAGCAAACGGCGAUUAACAUGGGCACCCCGGACCGCUCGUGAUUUGGGGCACUGCUACAGUUCAGUACUUGCUGGCUUUCAAAACCUAACCUUGUCGCUUUUGUACGUGUGUAACACGGAAAAUGGAGUCGCCGACGAAGAAGUCGCUGCGGUGGCUUGCAGAGCACCCCGAGUCGCCGGUCGCAUCCAGAGCGUCUCGUGCUCUCGAGGUCAUUGUCAACCAACUGCCGGAGCCAUUUCGUAACGGACUGGGGCCCGACACGUCGCUAGAGGAGAGCCUGCAACGACUGACGAGCCAGCGGUCAGCGAUGCCUGACAAGGACCCUAUGCUGUCGCAUAUAGACGCCGCCAUCAUUCCUCUGGUGGAGAUUCAGCGAGGGAUGUUCGGAGGCGGCCCUUACGAGCUCCUUGACCUGAAGGAGACCAACCUGUACGCGAAGGUCUCUGACAUUCUGGGAAUAAAGUACUUGUCGGAGGCCGACAGCAUUGAUGUCCAGCAAGAGGUUGAGGGCAUCCUCUGGGGUCCGGCGCGCCGGCCGCUCGUCUGCCUGCCGGUGCAGCUGUGUAAAGGCAAAGCAGUCAACGUCUUCCUGCUGGUCGACACCAGCGCGCCGGUCACGGAGCUCAGCCCGAGCGUGUUCACUGCCCUGGGCUGCGACACCAUCCCGAAGGCAGCCAUCGUCAACCUCGGCGGAUUCAGCCGCACACGAGUGCGGCUUUGCGACCAGGGGGAGCACAGCAACCACAGGGACAUCCCCAUUCUUGGCGCAGAUUUCCUGGCGGACAACAAGUGCCUGCUUGAGGUGAACUACCCGCUCAAGACGGUGAAGAUCCGCUUUCUGUGAUUUGCAAACUGGAGGAGCUGAAGAUCUCGGGUGGUACGGCAGCGCUACGGGCGCUAGUACGGCAACUGUUGGAUGCCAACCUGUCUUGUGCGCCUGGUUGCAACUCGUACGGCAGACGAGGGGGCGGGAACGGCGAGCAUGGAGGAGCGGAGGGUGCAGUACGUUUGGGAGUGAGGGUCGCGAGGAUUCCUUAGGAAAGCUAGACACCUGCCGGCGGGAAGGGGAGGUAUGGGUUGUUGCGACUGUGUACUGGAAUGUGAGGAGUAAUGCGACCGCUUAACCUCACUUGGUCAAUGGGGAGGAGGAUGUUGAGGGAGGGCAGCAAGAGGCCAUCUGUUGGCGUUGGGAUGACAGGCAAACUAACAUGCACAUGGGAUCAGUGCAUGUGCACGUGAACCCAUGCCUCGUGGCAGCACACCCGGCUAUGGGUUCCACACCGUUGCUCGCUGAGGGGCGUUUUUCCCUCGUUUUCUUCCUGGUCUAGGGAAUGGGUUUGGAGUAUAUGGCAAGCAGAGGUCGGGCAGUAACAAGGGAUGGCAGGAGAGGAUUUUUAUGGCGCCAUGCUCGCCAUCACCAACAACAUCGCCAUCUGGCUGGUAGCUAGGGUGGCUGAAGGUAGUGGGGGGAGACACGGCUUGUUGCUUGCACUUGUCAGCGCAAUAUACCGCCAUAUUCCGGAAUGCCAUGUUACCGUGUUUGGAGUGUGUUACCGUGGGCACAGCCACGCUACUGCGUUUCAUUGACAUGCCUAUUCCGUAGGUUGGAGCUUGCACGUUGUGUGUUUUGGGUGGUUAGCUGGUGUGUCAUGCUUCCACAACGCGUUACUGAAUGUAGUAGCAUGAAUAAGUCGGGGGAUGUCUUAUUGCUUGCGUAUGCUUUUUAUUGUGAGAGGAUGGCUUACCUCACAGGAGCUGCCAGGAUGUGAGGGGCCGCAAGACUGAAAGGUUUGGUUUGCACCUUUGGGUCUUGUGGCCCCGCAUAUCCUGGCAGUUCCUGUGAGGAAAGGCAUCCUCUUGCAAUAAAAACCGUACGCAAUAUGAUUCAUUUUCAUGUUGCUGCCGCAGCAGAUGGGCAUGGACCGCCUGUAUAACUGAGGCUAUGGUAUGGGG